AUGGCAGUAAAGCAUGCAGUAAAGAGCAAAAAAGUCAUAAAUGUAAUGAAAAGGAAGAAGCCGGAGGUGGUCAAGCAAGACAUAGAAACAGAGGAGAAUCCAAGAAACACAGACGUGUUUCUGCUCAACCAUGUGUUUAGGCCUCCAUACAGAAUUAUAGUGGAUACGAACUUCAUCAAUGACUGCAUAAGGAAGAAACAGGACAUAGAGCAACAACUGAUGAAGGCUGUGAAUGGAAGCAUCAGGAUGUGUGUUACAGAGUGUGUUAUUGGAGAGCUGGAAAAACUAGGCAGGCCGUUCAGAGUGGCGCUCUCGCUCAUGAGGGACGGCAAGGUGCAGAGGCUAGAAUGCAAUCAUAAAGGCACAUAUGCAGACGACUGCAUUUUAAACAGAGUAUCUGCUCACAGAUGCUAUAUUGUUGCAACAUCAGACACUGCUCUGAAGCAACGAAUACGAGCCAUUCCAGGGGUUCCGCUGGUAACAUACAGAGGACAGAGAUGCUUUGUCGAAAGGCUUGCUCUUCCAACAUUAUUCUAA